AUGAGGCAGCAGUGUGCCCAGGUGGGCAAGAAGGGCAAUGGCUUCUGGCCUGGAUCAGGAAUGGUGUGCAGCGGCAGCAGCGGCAGCGGCAGCGGCAGCGGCAGCAGCGGCAGCGGCAGCGACAGCGAGAGAAAAAACUUUCGAUUUCCUUCUCCUCUCCCUCUCCCGCUUCCCCGGAAGGCGCAGGAGGCCCUGCAGGAGCGGUACCGGCUGGGUUCCCUGCUGGGGCGUGGAGGAUUCGGCAGAGUGUGCUCGGGGACGCGGCUCUCGGACGGCGCCCCGCCCGACGGCACCAGCGCUCCCCUGGAGGUUGUGCUGCAGGACAAGGUGUCCACUGGCUUCCCUGGUGUCGUCCAGCUGCUGGAGUGGCUUGAGCUCCCCAGCGACAUUGUGAUGCGCGACAUCAAAGCAGAGAACAUCCUGGUUGACCUGGCCACCGGGCAGGCCAAAUUGAUUGACUUUGGCUGUGGCACCUACCUACAAGAGACAGCCUACACUCACUUUGCAGGAACACCAUCAUACAGCCCCCCGGAAUGGACCCGCUUUGGCUGGUACCAUGGCGAGCCAGCUACCAUCUGGUCCCUGGGCAUCCUGCUGCACGAGAUGGUCUGUGGGAAGAUGCCUUUCAGGAGGGGCUGGAACUUCAGCUGGGGCCAGCUCUCGCUGCCACAACGGCUCUCUCCAGACUGCCAAAAUCUGAUCGGGUGGUGUUUAUCCAUGCACCCCUUGGCCAGACCCUCAUUAGAAGAGGUGUUCUGUCAUCCUUGGAUGCAGGAUGUUCAUCUGCCCUAGAAGAAGGGAGAGAGCCACAGGCACACUUUGAUCCAUGGCCCUGGUAAGUUACAGCUGCACACAUGCCUUGGCAAUGAGAAGCAAAGG